GUGCAAAGAAAAUCUCACCCUUCAAUUUUGAUUGAUGAGAGAGAAAAAAAACACAGAGCAAUAACUAACAACCAACCCAACCCUCAGCAACUCAGCCUUCCCUCCCUAAAAACCCUCAAAUGUUGCAGACCCAACACCUUCUCUGUUCCCAUUUCCCUAUCUGUCUCUCUCCUCCCCAAACCCACUUUCUCUUUCCCCCAAAUCUCUCAUCUUCUCCUCUCAAUUUUCUCUACAAACCCAUAAGUCUCUGCUCUGUCUCAGCCCAUUCUAGGCCCAGACCCGAACAAUGGCUAGCCGAAGCUCCAGAACCCACAACGAGUAUUCCUACAGCUCCAUACACUCCCUUAGAAUUCGCCCCAGAGGGUCCCGAAGAAUUGCCACCAUCUUCCUCUCCAGUAUUUGCUACCACAGAUGACCCUUCUUCUAUCCAAGUAGCUACCAGUGUUCUUCUCACUGGAGCCAUUUGUGUCUUCCUGUUUCGCUCUCUUCGACGUCGUGCAAGGCGUGCUAAAGAGCUGAAAUUUAGGUCUUCUGGAGUGAAGAAGUCGUUGAAGGAGGAGGCUUUGGAUAGCUUGAAGGCAUUGUCUACUGGUUCUGUUGAAGAAAAGGGUCCACCUUCACCUGUUCAGGCAUUGUUGGGUGGAAUAUCAGCCGGUGUCAUCGCACUUAUUCUUUAUAAGUUCACUACUACAAUUGAAGCAUCUCUCAACCGCCAAACAAUUUCUGAUAAUUUUUCGGUUCGUCAGAUUACAAUAACCAUAAGGACGAUUAUAAAUGGGUUGUGCUACCUUGCAACAUUUGUUUUUGGCAUCAACGCUGUUGGUUUAGUCCUUUAUGCUGGUCAGCUCGCCAUCAACUCCAUCAUGGAAGAUACAAGUACAGAAACUGAGAAUCAAGGUAAAGAGCAGUCAGGCUCACUGAAUUCAACGGUUGAGAGCCCCCCAAAUAGUGGUGUUAACAGCGGCAAGGAUGACCAAAGUUCAGAUGAGACACAAUAGAGGAGUAGAACCGUUAUUGACGCAGAGGAAUAGGUUUUUUUCCAUUUCCACCUCGUUCUAGGAAAAUUAUAUUUUCAAUGAAAUAGAUGCCAUUUCAGGCUUUUGUCUUUUUGUCAAUCUAUGCGCACUAAAUCCCUCUAUGCAAUUAGUAAACAUGAUUGUCAAAUAUGCAAUGGCCACUGAAGCUGCUUUUA